GCUUUUUUCCCAUUUAAACGGUUGUAUAUAUAAGAAUAUCUCGAAUAAAAAAGAGAAAUUUCGAGCAGAAUGGAGAAACAGUUCACAAAAGAAAAUGUCAUAGAUGCACUUUAUCUGCUGAGCAUUGACACCAAUCAUGCAGCUGAUAGUUACUUGCACUCCUUUCAGAAAUCGCAUCAGGUGUGGAUGAUAGCCAGUGAACUACUGGCCCACAGGCCCAACUACCCACUCCACAUCCUGACCUUUGCUGCCAUCAGUUUGGCCAAGAAAACCAAGGAGGACUUUCACUUGCUGAGUAUGUCCGAUCUGAGCUAUCUGAAGGAGGAACUGAUCCAGAACCUGGUGAAUGCAGCCAUGAUCCCGGAAUCCAAUUCCUUGGUGGUGCAACUGGGAAUUUGCCUAUCAGCUUUGGGACUGAUGGCACCCGUUUUGCUGGACGAACUGGACGACUUCAUGAGGCAGCUGUCUGGCAGACCCGAGUACGUGAUGGCCCUUCUGGAGGUCCUGCGGAUCCUGCCCGAGGAGGCUCGAUCAUCUGCUCUGCAGCGGAAAGUGGAGUGCUUGGCAUCCGUACACGAGCAGCUCCGUCUUCAGUCCUCGAAUGUGUUGAAUGUGCUGGAAGGAUUCCUAGAGCGUCAGGACUUGCCAGACACUUGUUUGUUAAAGUGCCUGCGGGUUUUUGGGUCCUGGACAAGGUAUGGCUUUAUAUUAACCGACCAAGUGCUAGAACGUAAACUAUUCCAACGGGCGCAAGCUAUCCUAGUUGACCCCUUGAUUGAAGGACACUUGGAGGCCGCCGACUGCGUGGUGGCCAUGUUGGAGCACUCCCUGGUCAGAAAAGAUCUGGAUUCCCGUCUAUUUGAGAUGGUCAUCUCAUUGGAACCGGCAUUCCAGCGCUCCGUGGGAAACCAGCAGCUAUUGCAAAACUAUUGCCACAUAUUCGUGAACCUAUUCGAGACCCACUUCCAGCUGACCAAAAGGAAUCCUGCGAAGAUCCAGGAGCGAUUUCUGACCAUCGAACUACUGCUACUCAUAGCCGUCCACUGCCCACUUUCGGUGAUUGAAAGCUCCAUGGAUAUGUGGUCCUUGCUGUCGGCGGAUUUGGAUUACAAGGCCGAUCCCGAAAUGACUUCUUCAUAUCGACCGUACUUCUUGCGACUCCUGAAGAUCCUUUUCACCAUAACCCGAGUGCCAGAAAGUUGUGAGGACAUGGCUCUACCCGGCCCCAUGGAUCGUUUCCGAGGACUUGUGGCCGAGGUCCUGGUGGAUGUGGCCCACUUGGUGGAGCUUGAUACCAUGCAGGAACUGUACGACAUCGUUGAGCAUGAGCAGAGUGCCUGGACAGAUGUGGAAAUGGCCAUGUUCUUCCUGCUAAACCUGAUGCGAAACUUCAAGAGGCACCAGGAGCAGCUGAUUCUAAGCAUUUUGGAGAGCGUGAAGGACCGCCGACAGCCUUUAAUCCGCCUGCAAAUCCUGGAGCUGAUCUCCACUCCAGGAGUCGUGGAUCCCGGCACCAUCUUCAAUUGCCUGCUCAAGGAACUGCGGCAGGAAGUGCCAAUGUUGGCGAGGAUAGUGUGCCGCUUAAGUCUUUUAAUGCCCCAUUGGAGUUAUCUAUUGACCUUGGCUCUUUCGGUGGACGAGUUCCGAUUGAAGGAGAGCGAUCGCAGUGACCUUUUGGAAAGUGUCUGCUCUUUGGUCAGGCAACUGGGCCCAUCCUGUGUCCUCGAAGCGAAUAAGUACCUGGUUAAUGAGAGAAGAAAUUGUGAAGGUUCUGGCACCCGUCAAAAUCGUAUCCAUAUGAUACAAAUUCAUUUAAGCUUCGAAAGAGACACUUAAAAGAGACACUAAAAAUUAUAAAGGGGAAAAUUUAAAUAUUUGUAUCUGUAUACGAAAAAGUCAUUUCGGAAUAGUUUGAAAUAACUAAAUAAUUAAAGGUGCUUUGUAUAAACAAUUAGCUGGCUGUGUAAGAGAAAGUCGGAUUGCUGGAUUGUCGGUCUUC